GGUUGUGAUUGGUCGCGAAAAAGUUCCCUGCCAUUGUAAACUAAUAUCAGUGACAGUUCGACAGGUUCCGCUUAUUUAGUCAGAAAACCUUAGCUACACAGUGAAGCAGCAAUGACGGAAAGCAGGAAUUUAACGAUUGAUCCGAGAAGUGGAUUUUGCAGAUCAACGUCGAUCUUCUACAGCAAACGCAAACCCAUUCCUCUGCCGCCGAACCAGUCCUUGGAUGUCACCACGUUCAUCUCUUCUCAGGCUCACCGUGGCAAGAUCGCCUUCAUCGAUGCUGCCACCGGCCGCCACCUCACCUUCUCGGAACUCUGGCGAGCGGUUGACUCUGUCGCCACGUAUCUUUCUGACAUGGGAAUCCGAAAAGGCCACGUCGUUCUCUUGCUUUCUCCAAACUCAAUCUUCUUCCCCGUCGUUUGCCUCUCCGUCAUGUCCCUCGGUGCUAUUAUCACCACGACUAACCCUCUCAAUACUCCUUCUGAAAUCAAGAAACAAAUCGCAGAUUCGAAGCCGGUUCUCGCGUUUACUAUUAGCCAACUCGUCCCCAAAAUUGCCGGCUCAAAUCUCCCCAUCGUGCUUCUAGACGGACAGGUAAUUAAUAAUAGCCUGCGCGAAUCGAGAAUUGUUUCAACGUUGGAUCAGAUGAUGAAGAAGGAACCGAGUCAGAGCAGAUUCCGGGAACGAGUUGACCAGGACGACACGGCAACUCUGCUUUACUCAUCUGGCACAACCGGCGCUAGCAAGGGAGUGGUAACGUCGCACAGAAGUCUAAUCGCGAUGGUACAGACAGUAUUGAAGAGGUUCCCUCAAGAUGAUCAGAAUACGUUCAUCUGCACCGUUCCGAUGUUCCACAUCUACGGCCUGGCGGCUUUCGCCACCGGGCUACUGACCGCAGGAUCGACGAUAGUGGUUCUGUCCAAGUUCGAGAUCCACGAUAUGUUCUCGGCAAUCGAGAAGUACCGGGCAACGUUCCUACCGCUCGUGCCGCCGAUUCUGGUAGCGAUGAUUAACGGCGCCGAUCAGAUUCAGAGGAAAUACGAUUUGACUUCGUUGAGUAACAUUCUUUCUGGUGGGGCGCCGCUGAGCAAGGAGGUGAUCGAAGGGUUUUUGGAAAAGUAUCCAUCGGUUACGAUUCUUCAAGGGUAUGGUUUGACUGAGUCAACAGCGGUUGGUGCGUCAACAGACACACUGGAGGAGAGUCGGAAGUAUGGCACGGCGGGGUUGUUGUCGCCGAGCAUGGAGGCCAAGAUUGUGGAGCCUGAUACCGGCAAGGCGUUGGGAGUUAAUCAGACGGGUGAGCUUUGGCUCAGGGGUCCAACCAUCAUGAAAGGUUAUUUCAGUAAUGCAGAUGCUACGGCGUCUACUCUUGAUUCAGAGGGAUGGUUGAAGACUGGAGAUGUUUGCUACAUUGAUGAGGAUGGCUUCAUUUUUAUAGUUGAUAGGCUGAAGGAGUUAAUUAAGUACAAGGGAUAUCAGGUCCCUCCUGCAGAACUAGAGGCAUUGCUGCAUACACAUCCUGAAAUCACUGAUGCUGCUGUCAUACCGUUUCCUGAUAAGGAAGCUGGGCAGUAUCCCAUGGCAUAUAUAGUGAGAAAACCUGGAAGCAAUUUAUCAGGGAAUGAAUUGAUGGAUUUUGUAGCAAGACAGGUUGCCCCAUACAAGAGAAUUCGGAAAGUAGCAUUUGUGGAUUCUAUACCAAAGAAUCCUUCUGGAAAGAUUCUCAGGAAGGAUCUAAUCAAGCUUGCAACCUCCCAAGAGUCCAAACUGUGAUAUGUGGUUGUAUCAGUUUUUACGUUGGAAUUUCUUUGUUUGUCUGGUGCAUAUUGGAGCAGAAGCUAGAGUAAUUACUUCCUGUUGGUCAUUACUAUUACUACUAGAAGUGAAGCCAUAUACGAUUUGUAGAAUGUUUUUGUUCCAAUUAAUAAGCUGAAAUAUGCCCUAAAGUUGCAUCUUUCUGUGAUUAAAUGUUCCUUUUUGGUCAGUUUUCAGAGAAUUUCCUGUUUGAAAAGUUGCUCCUUACAAAAGAAUUAGGAAGGUAGUAUUUGCGGCUUCAAUACCAAAGAAUCCUUCCGGAAAGAUUCUCAGGAAUGAUCUCUUCAAGCUUGCAACCUGCAAAGAGUCCAAACUCUGAACAUG